AUGGAGAUCACCACAGGGAUCACGGAUGAAAAUGCCACCAACACUUCCACCAACUCCUUUUCUGUGCUCGACCCCCACGGAGCCCAUGCUGCUUCCUUCCCAUUCAACUUCAGCUACGGCGACUAUGAUAUGCCCUUGGAUGAAGAUGAGGAUGUAACUAAUUCUCGGACUUUCUUUGCUGCCAGGAUUGUCAUUGGCAUGGCCCUGGUGGGAAUCAUGCUGAUCUGUGGCAUUGGCAACUUCAUCUUUAUUGCUGCCCUGGCCCGCCACAGGAAGCUGCGCAACCUUACCAACCUGCUCAUUGCCAACCUGGCCAUCUCUGACUUCCUGGUGGCUAUUGUCUGCUGCCCCUUCGAGAUGGACUACUAUGUGGUGCGCCAGCUCUCCUGGGAGCAUGGCCACGUCCUGUGCACCUCUGUCAACUACCUGCGCACGGUCUCUCUCUACGUCUCCACCAAUGCCCUGCUGGCCAUUGCCAUCGACAGGUAUCUGGCCAUUGUCCACCCGCUGCGACCGCGGAUGAAGUGUCAAACGGCCACCGGCCUGAUCGCCUUGGUGUGGGCCGUGUCCAUCCUCAUCGCCGUCCCCUCCGCCUACUUCACAACCGAGACGGUCCUCGUCAUCGUCAAGAGCCAGGAGAAGAUCUUCUGCGGCCAGAUCUGGCCCGUGGACCAGCAGCUCUACUACAGAUCCUACUUCCUCUUCAUCGUGGGCGUGGAGUUCGUGGGCCCCGUGGUCACCAUGGCCCUGUGCUACGCCAGGAUCUCCCGGGAGCUGUGGUUCAAGGCGGUGCCCGGGUUCCAGACGGAGCAGAUCCGCAAGCGGCUGCGCUGCCGCAGGAAGACGGUGCUGGUGCUCAUGGGCGUCCUCAGCGCCUACGUGCUGUGCUGGGCGCCCUUCUACGGCUUCACGGUCGUGCGCGACUUCUUCCCCGCGGUGUUCGUGAAGGAGAAGCACUACCUCACCGCCUUCUACGUCGUGGAGUGCAUCGCCAUGAGCAACAGCAUGAUCAACACGCUGUGCUUCGUCACCGUCAAGAACAACACCGUCAAGUACUUCAAGAAGAUCAUGCUGCUCCACUGGAAGGCCUCGCACAACGGGAGUAAGUCCAGCGCAGACCUGGACCUCAAAACCACCGGGAUGCCUGCCACGGAAGAGGUGGACUGCAUCAGACUGAAAUAA